CACCCGGAAACACAAGCGUAUGGUUUGAAACAAACAAAAGCCCCAUGCUUUGGUACCGAGGAAAAAGGGGGGAACAGAAGCCUGAGGUUGGACGAUGUUAGACACGAAACCGCGGAGUGAAACGGGGUUUUAGCUGUUUCGAUAUUAAAUCAACUGAAAAACAUCAACGGUCGCUGGGGCUCGCGCGGUUGUUAGGGCUGUUAGUUAGCUAAGGUGUUGCUGAGCUUUAGCGCUAACAGUAAGUUAGCCGGCGAAAACACAUUUCUAGCAUGUUGUGAGGUUUUUAUUUGCGUUUUGUGGUAUGUUUAACAACCCUCAAGUGUAGGGCGCUAGCUUGUCUUUGUAUGGUGACCAACUGCUCGAAACUAUUGUGUGUUUUAGCGGUUAAACCCCCCAGUCUCGCCCAGCUGGGUGUAGCUGCUCCCCAGCUAACGUCUCUGAAGGUUUGUGCUGAAGUUUUCUCAGCAUGACCGCUGCCGUGUUCUUCGGCUGCGCUUUCAUAGCGUUUGGCCCUGCGUUCGCCCUCUUCAUCUUCACCAUCGCCAGAGACCCACUGAGAGUCAUCAUCUUCAUCGCAGGUGCUUUUUUCUGGCUCCUGUCCCUCUUGCUGUCCUCUCUGGUAUGGUUCAUUGCUAUGAAGGCUAGCAAUGCAGAGGAUACUAAGGUGCAGAAGGGCUUGCUCAUAUUUGGGGUCAUGUUCUCAGUCCUCAUUCAGGAAGUGUUCAGAUUUGCCUACUACAGACUGCUGAGAAAGGCUAAUGAAGGCUUGGCAGCCAUUAGCGAUGAAGAAACAUCUCCCAUUUCUGUCCGGCAAAUGGCUUAUGUGGCUGGUCUUGGCUUUGGUAUAAUAAGUGGAGCUUUCUCCAUGAUCAACAUCCUGUCCGACUCGCUGGGCCCCGGCACCGUGGGCAUCUUUGGGGACUCUCAGUAUUACUUCAUUACAUCAGCUCUGAUGACUCUGGCUAUAACUCUGCUACACACCUUCUGGGGCGUGGUGUUCUUUGAGGGCUGUGAGAAGAGCCGCUGGUGGGUUAUUGCUGUGGUUGUGUGUCUCCACUUGCUGGUCUCUGGUCUGUCUCUGUUAAAUCCGCUGUAUGAAGGCAGUCUGCCUCCUGUGUAUGCUGUCACCGUAUUGAUGGCUGUGUGGGCGUUCUUCUCUUCAGGAGGCUCCCUGCACAACUUGUCACUGCUCUUUACCAGUAAGAGAAGCGAAGUGGAGUCCUCAUAAGGCCAUCAAGUCCUGGCUUCUCAGUGAGAGUGAGAUGCAGGCAGUUUAUUGAAAGGCUGCAUUUGCUGCGUGGGGCGUCUGAAGCAGCAAGCCGAAGAUCAAACACAGCAGCCGUCUCCACUGCAGACGGCCUGGGGUUCAACUCUGACCCCCAACAACAUGACUGCCCUCACUUCAGCCUAACAGGUUCUAGGACUCUCGCAUCAUGCUCGUUGUAAAACGCUGUUAAUAGCUUGGAUACGAUCACACACACACAAAAAACCCCCACAUUUUUAAUGAGUGAGCAGAGUGUCUGUCUCUUGCUUUGCUUCAGCUUCUCAGUCAUUUCAGAGUAUUUGAGUGUUCUUUUGUUACAUCACUUAAAAUUUUUUCUUUAUUGAAAAUCUAAUGUAAAUAUUGAACUAAGCCUUAGCAAGGCAUUUUUAAUGGGAUGUAGGACAGCCUGGGGUCAGACUGGUCCUGCUUUAAAGUCUGGCGUUCACACUUAAUUCAUAAUUAAAGUGGACUUAAUUAUUUUUGAGGGCAGCUGGGUGAGCCAGCUCUAUUUGGAAAUGACCGAUGCAAUUUUGUAGCCUUUAUGCAUAAAGACUACUUAUUAAACUGCCAAUGACUUUGUAACUGAUGGGUCUCCUGGCCAGUCUAAAACCUGAUUGUUAAAGGUGAAGAAUGAUUGGUCCGUUAUUAACAACUGCAAUGAACAUUCUUGGCUGAAACUAAUUCAGGACAUGCUCGGCCAAAAACAGGUAUUUUGUUUGUUUUUAAUUGGCAUUAGCAUAGUAAUACAUUUGAAUGUACAGAAUAAUAAAUAGAAAUACUACAAGGUAAGGAAGAAAAAAACACCUUUAUAGAUAAAACUGAACCUCUUAAUAGGACAAAACUAACAAAGAACAAAAGCGAUUAAGAAAUUUUAUAAAAUUAGCCUAUUUCAUUAUGUGUGCCUAGGAGAUCCAGCAUCCUCAAUAGCAGCAAAGAGUUGGUUAUACAAGACAGUAUAAUUCCAUUAUUUUUUGUAGAUUUACUUUGAGCUUUGGCUCUGUCGUUUGCAUUUUGUCAUUUCAAAAUCUGUGUUUAUGAAUAGUGUUGGUAUGGUAGAAGGAGCUUUUGCUUUAUGUAUUUGUUUGCUGUAUUUUGCAAAUUGAACAGGACGUUUUGUUUUCAAGAAGUAUCAGACAUGUACUGAAGAGGCUUUUAAGUGUUGUAUCACUUCUUGAUACUUGGCACGAACAACGAUGUCAGAUCACUUGUUUAAUGUCCCCCCUAGUAAUUGUCCACAAGGCUGACAUUUUCACUGUUGAUGUGCUGCUGAUCAAACUGAUUGAAUAUGUAUGCACUGACCGGCACAGGAAAGCAAAGAAAACAAACAGCAGUUUUAAUCAAUAUUUCUCACUUUUACUGACAUUCAAGUAAUUUAUGUGUUUGAUUGAGAGACUUCUUUGUAGAAGUAUUUAAUAUUUUGGAUUUUUUUUUUUUUGGCCAAAAAUGGUUAAAAGUGGCUUUUUCAGUUUUCAGCCUUUUUGGCUGAAAUAUCGGUGCAUCCCCCCUUAUUAACAAACCAGAAUGUAAGGUGGGAGCAAAGUGGCUGGACCAAUUCAGUCUGACCCCAGCAGGUACCGAGACACUUCAGCUGCUAAAAUGUCCCCUUAGUAACAUACUAUACAUUGUAGUGACUGAGCGGUUCAUCAAAUACCAUUUUACACAUUUAAUGGCCAUUUAAUGCAUUGAGCAGAGAACUUGAUGCAUUUUCUCAUCAAACAUCAGACCACAUGGUCAGCAAUUCUGCUGUGUCAUACUGUGGGACAAACAUACACGUUGUGAAUGAUAAAAAAAUUGUUCUGUCCUCAAAGACAGUCCACUGACAAAUAUUUUGAAUCAUCUAAUUGUAUAUAUGUAUUAUUCAUAAUUAACUGUAAUUUUUUCAUCCCCUCUCUGAUUCCCUCAAAGGCAUUUUAUGUCUAGUUAACGGGCAGUGGCUGUCACUUUCAUAUACAAACCUUCUAAGUCUUUUUUUAGUUUUUUCUAAUUUUGCAAUUUAGUAAUGCCAGCUGUGAAUUUUCUGAACAUUUCAUGACAAAUUGACCCCUAGAAACUGUACUGAAUUAACGUCCUCAUUGGUCAAUUUGUCAUCCAUAAAAUAUUUCCUUUCAUUUAAAGCAACCGUUUCAGAAAUACAAGGUUUUCAUUGACUGUGGCAAAAUGUUCUUCUGUUAUGAGAGUUUGAUUAACAUGCUCAAGUACAUUUAUGUGUGGAUAACCGGUCAGUACAAUAGCGGAGUACAGCUCCUCCCUAAUGUAGCAGCUACCAGUAAUCUUCUUUUGAUGCUGUUCACCAUUUCUACAAUAACAGACUGUUGAGGGCUCCGUUUUCAAGAUCAAACUGUUUUUUAUUCACUAUCUUGCGUGAUUUAGGCGCAAACAUUGUUGUAGACAACAAGCAAUAUCUGGAUAUCACAGCUCUUUCUAGUGAUAUCUCUUUGGUCGUACUGCUUCAAACAUUGGUGCUGGCCCGUAUCAUUUCAGGAAAGACAUUCUUUGGUUGUGUUUUCAUUGCUGUGAAAGCUCUGUCAUGCAUGGAGCAGUGCUUUUUGCAGCCAUCUGACCAACAUGGUGAUGCUUUGCUCUCUUUGUGAUAUCAUUUGUUGAAAGCUGUUUAACUUUCCACUGAUUUGAGUCACCUUGCAAAAAGUAUACAAAGGUGGGCAGAGUAACCAAAAUGCAUACUCAAGUUAAUGUCACUGAAAAAUAAUGAUGUUAAAUAAAUAAAGUAAAAAUAAAGGCAUCUUUCCAAGAAAACAGAGUAAAAUUACAGGUAAAAUAUCAUGUCAAAAAAUGACUGAAAACCUCAGUUCUUCAAGGUAUUCGAUAUAAUCUAGCAUUUUUCAGCAUAGGACUUGGUUUGAUACAAGCUAUUACCUCACAAUUUGACACACUCUUUGUCUGAAAUGAAAUGUGACCAAUGGCAAAGCAGUGCAGGUGCUGUCAUCAGAUUGAAAGUAAAAUAAAAAACGCUCACUAAAUUGGCAUUUAAUAUACCUGAGUAAACACAGUGCACAUGCUAAUGGUAAGUACCAAUCAAUGAAAAUGUUUACUUGAGUUUCUCCCCUCCUCUGCCAGUACGGUUGUGCUCCAAAUCUUUCUCUUACAAUUCCAUUAUUAGUUCUUUUCAUGCCACAUUUAUUACUAAGCUGAAAUUGUCUUCUUGUUCUCCAGCUUGUUUAAAUAUUUUGGUUCACCUUAAAUAGUUGGAGCUGGACAUAGUUUUGAUAAUUUCAUCAAGUCUAGAAUUGCUCAUGUGCUAGAGGUUAUAUCCUGUAGGUUUCAGGGUUUACUGUAGGAUACAGCAAUAAAUGCUGUCUACAUGCAUCAUAACACAGCCAGAGGGAAGAACUCGCCUUCACAAUGAGGUCAGAAUGCCUUUUGCUUUAGUUGUAAAUAUUUAUUCCAAAGUUGGGCUUUUUGACCCAAAAGGCUAUUAAUCAUAUAUGCAGUACUGUGCAAAAGUUUUAAGCACCUGAGAAAAUUGAGGAGCUCAGUGUGUCCAACAUUUCCAAACCUCUUCUCACAGAAUGCCCAGUAUUACUUGGAUGACACUUGAAGUUUGCUAUAAGACCUGGACAUAACUAUGCCAUAAACGUCAUGCCCGAUGUCAUGUUGUCAUGAGCUACAAUCACAGAUUAUGAUGUAACAGUGUCAUGUAACCCUUACAGUUAAUUGUGACUGAUUGCAAUAAUAUUUGAUGUCAUGAUUGCGUACUAGAAUACACUUAGCAUGUGACGUAAGCAUUCAUGACAUUAUGGCAUUAUAGCUCCAAAUAAUAACUACGUUAAUUUAAAAAAAAAAAAAGUUACUUAGUUACCAAAAUGUAACUGCUGCGCCAUUUAAGGUGGAACAGAAUGGUUGAAUGAUAAGCCGGCAAAUAAGAGGACUGCUUCAGCCUCAUAUGUGUAUUAGGGUACUUCGAUUCCGACAUUGGUGAUUAGUUACACCAGUCUUGUUUUGUCACAGCUGUGAUGUAUGUGGCUAACCAUUGACGUACAACAUCCUACAACCAUACAGCCUUUGUCUCAGGACACACUGUGUGAUUAAUAAUGAACAACCUGAUGUUCCAGACUAGUCCAGGGCAGCUCCCUUUAGAGGCAUGGCUGGACUUUUCUUUGUUAUAGCUCUAAUUAGAACAUAUCUUCUCCUUGGACAUUGCACUGCCCUUAAUAAACACUCACAUUCAGUAUGCACCAAGUUCUGGAGAAGGAUGUUGUGUUGUAUUUCAUUUUAUUCCCUGUUCUGUAUCUAUCUACUUAUUUCAGUGCUAUAGUAGACAUGUUUGACCCUUUGUACCUCCUGAGUUCUUAACAGCUCAUACUGAUUUAUGAGCAGUCUGCUAAUGGAGAUUUGGAUAGCCGUGUUGUAGUGCAGCUGCCUAAUGGACUCCUAUCAGGCACACCCUCCUGCAUACUCCUGCAUCGAACAUCUUUACAUCCGGUGCUCACCUGGAUUUCGGACAUACAAAAGACAAUGACUAUGUAAUGUUUUGAUGCUGCUUUAUAACAUUUUAAAGAAUAUAAUGUGCCAAACAGGGAAACAUGACUCUCCAUGUCACUGAGAUGCUUUUAAUUUGGGUUGUAAUAAAACAUGCCCUGUAUUGAUGAUUUAGUAACGUCCCAAUGAGUUUGAUUGAGUGACGUUGUUGAUGGUGAUUCUCAUAAAUAGUCCAUUUCAUAAAACUGUAUGGUUUUAUAUUCAGUUGAUUACAGUGCUGGUACAGUCCUCAUUUAAGCAUCUGGUACUUGAGAUCUCAUUUAUAUAAAUUCAGUUGGUGUAUAUCACACUUUUGAGUUGGGUUGUAAUGAUAGUCUGGAUAGAUACUGUGGUUCUGUUACAGUAAAAAUAGUUAUAAUUGCAAAUAAUUAAAAAUAAACAUCACUUUUGCAUGUUUUAAUGCACAACUACUGUUUAUUAACUGAAUUUAACAUUUUAGGACAACAAAGUGUGGCCUAUGGUAAUGUUAUGGUACAUUUUAUUUUUUCCUGAAUAUCAAACUCAGCAAGUAAACAGAAGUUAUGUGCUAAAAUUAGCAGAAAAAUGCCACCUUUCUCUUUGUUCUCUUUAGAGAAUGUGAACUUUUUUUCACUUUUUUUCAGCAUGUCAUUUGACUGGGGAUUUUGCAUAUGAAAAUUUAGUUUAGUGCAUUUGAUACAAUACAAAGUGAAAAAAUAGAAUGUGUCUUGUGUUCAUAUGUUUAUGUGGGACCUGUCACAAUUAUUUCAAUUCCCCUUAAUUCACAAGUUGAAGUGCCUUUUGCUUUAGCUUUUUCCAAUGGAUAUAUCUUUCAGAAUGGAGUGCUACCAUUAGCAAUAACAAAUAGUGUUGCUCUGAAAUGCAGCAUAUAUAGUAAAGCACUUCUACUUUAUAUCUACACUCAUUCUGUGUUUAAUCAGCUUCACUUACCAUAUAAAUGCACUUUGUAGUUCUACAAUUACAGACUGUAGUCCACCACAGAGCAAGUAGGGUAGAUCAUUCUCAUUGACACUGACGUGGUGGUGGUGUGUUAGCGCGUGUUGUUCUGGUACGAGUGGAUCAGACACCGCCAUGCUGCUGCUGCAAUUUUUAAAGGCCGUGUCCACUCACUGUCUACUCUAUUAGAUACAUCUGUUUUGCUGGUCCACCAUGUAGAUGUAAAGACAGCGAAAGUAGGUCAUCUGUUGCUGCACAGUUUGUGUUGUGUGUCCAUCCUCUAGUCCAGGGGUGUCCAAUUUUAUCCACAAAGGGCUGGUGUGGCUUCAGGUUUUCGUUCCAACACAACAGGAGAUCACCUGAUCAGCAGUUUGAAGACUGAGACCAAGUGGAAUCAGGUGUGCUCCAGCUUGUUUUGAGUGAAAACCUGCAACCACAUUGGCCCUCUGUGGAUAAGAUUGGACACCCCUGCUCUAGUCCUUCAUGGGUGGUCACAGGAUGCUGCCCACAGGACACUGUUGGCUGGAAACUUUUGGUUGUGGACUGUUUUCAGUCCAACAGUGACACUGAGGUGUUUAAAAACUCAAACGGCACUGAUCCAUUCUGUGAAGCAGAAACAUCCACUACUAUGACGGUGCUGAGAAUGAACCACCGCCUAAAUAAUACCUGCUCUGUGGUGGUCCUGACCAUUGAAGAGCAGGGUGAAAGGGGACUAACGAAGUAUUCAGAAAAGCAAAUGCACUACAGUCUGUAACUGAAGAACUAAAAAAGUGUGCCUAUAUGUUUGGUGGACCUGAUAAAAUGGACUGAGUGUAGAUACAAGGAAGCAACACUAAGUUUAAUAAAUGAUGGGCAGCAGUAUGUUAAUAACAGGACAAAAGAGUGAAUAAAUGUCAGAAACUAAAGUGUACAACUGAUGCUUCACAACAGUAUUUUGUAACUUGUGACAUUAAAACAAUUCAAAUGA